UGAAGUACCCGAAGUCGGUUUUCUUCAUUAUCAGUAAUGAGUUCUGCGAGAGGUUCUCGUACUACGGCAUGCGAACUGUGCUUGCACUGUACUUGAACAAAGUGCUUCUCUACAGCGAGGAUGAUGCAACGGUGCUGUACCAUGGUUUCACUUUCCUCUGCUACUUCUUCCCAUUGGUCGGCGGAAUCAUUGCUGACUCAUUUCUCGGGAAAUUCAAGACAAUUUUCUACCUAUCACUUGUCUACGCUCUUGGGAACAUUGUGCUUUCGACCGCUUCCGCCACUGUGCUAAACCUUCCUACCAGGGCGAUGAGCAUCCUGGGCCUGGUGCUGAUCGCGAUCGGGACGGGCGGGAUCAAGCCCUGCGUCUCGGCCUUCGGCGGCGACCAGUUCGUCCUCCCGCAGCAGGAGCGCCAGCUCCAGCAGUUCUUCUCCAUCUUCUACUUCUCCAUCAACGCCGGCUCCGUCAUCUCCACCUUCAUCACGCCCAUCUUCCGCGAGGACGUCCAGUGCCUCGGCAUGAAGACAUGCUACCCCCUCGCUUUCGGCGUCCCCGCCCUCCUCAUGGUCGCCUCCCUCUGCAUAUUCGUUGCGGGAAAACCAUUUUACACGACGAAAGAUCCAGAGGGUAACAUCAUUGUUCACGUGUUCAAAUGCGUGUCGUACGCACUGCGGAAUAAAUUUUGUGGCAAAGCAAGCGGGUCUAAAGAUCAUUGGUUGGAUCACGCUGAUGACAAAUUUGAGGCCAAGUUAAUAGGAGAUAUCAAGGCUCUUUUCAAAAUCCUAUACUUACUGUUACCCCUGCCUUUCUUUUGGGCCCUUUUUGAUCAACAGGGAUCAAGAUGGACUUUUCAGGCUACUUUGAUGGAUGGUACGGUGACCCCUUGGUGGACUAUUAAACCUGAUCAAAUGCAGAUUUUAAAUCCUAUGCUUAUUCUGAUCUUUAUUCCAUUAUUCGAAACAGUUGUUUACCCCGUGCUCCAGAAUGUGGGCAUCAAGCGACCGCUGCAAAAAAUUGGAUUGGGUGGAUUUCUUACAGCAGUGGCAUUUCUGAUAUCUGCUAUUGUUGAAUAUAAACUAGAGCCAUCGUAUCCUAUUAUGCCAACGGACACAACUGGUCAUUUAAGAGUGCUGAACAGCUACGAUUGUGAAAUGAUAAUGGAGCCCCCCAUACUCGGUAACUCGAAAAUUGAUCCUUACAGUGCGCUAGAAUUGAUCAACGUCCCAGUGAACAAUACAGCACAAAUCUCCACUACUAUCCGAUUCAACUAUGAUUCACUUCAAUGUAACAUCAAAAAAGACAGUUACGGACCUUGGAAAGGAAAUCUCAUCUUGCAGCAGCAUCAGAGUGUAACCUACAUUUUUCAAUCCAUUGUACCCCAAACAUUAACACUACAACGGCUGAAACAGUACGAUGAUCUUGAAAAAUCAGAGAAUGGGAAACCUAAAUUAACAUUACUGAACAGUGGAGCACUUAGCGGGAAAGUAAGCCUUAUGAAUGAAAAUACAGGUUCAUUUUCAUUUGAACUAAGUUCUAAGCAAUUGUCAACGGAUACAUCCGAGGUGGACCCUGGAAAAUACUUGGUCACUGUAAAUGGUCUUACUGUUCAGCCACCGAUUGAAGUUAAAUCAGGAGGUGUAUACUAUUUGCUUAUUCAAAAAGAUGGCGAAAAAGUGAGCACUCAAAUAAACACAUUAACUCGACCUGCAACACUACAUAUGGCAUGGUUACUUCCUCAAAUCAUUAUUAUUACAGCUUCUGAAAUUCUCUUCUCAAUAACAGGCUUAGAAUUCUCCUAUUCGCAGGCACCAAAAAGUAUGAAGUCUUUGAUAUCAUCUGUUUGGCUUUUGACUGUUGCAUUCGGGAAUGUUUUUGUUGUCAUCAUUUCUGAAGCUAAAUUUUUCGAUAGGAGAGUUUACGAGUUUCUAUUGUACACAGUCCUGAUGGUUCUUGAUAUGCUGAUAUUCGUAUGGAUGUCUCUCAGUUAUCAAUACAGGAAAUCUGAAGAGGACGAAAGCAGAGAUGAAAAACACAUGAACGGCCACGGUCAAGACAAUAGGAUGCAUGUUGCAGAUAAUUGAGUUUGCCUCUGGAAGACAAAAUAAUUGUGAUAAAGUGUUCCUGUUUUCGUACAUGUCACCAAAUUAGUGAAAUUUUACUUCAUGACACACUACCGCUGUUAGUUUUUGUUUAAAAAUUUGAAUGAAAAAAAGAGAAAAAAGUCCUGAACUGCUACAUAUCUAUCUAGUCAAGAUGAUUACAAAAUCUUGAUAUUAUUGCGACAGAUAUUUCUGCAAAGUUUUCAAAUAUUCUGAUAAAAGCAGUUGUAUUUUUGGUGUAUUUUCUAUGUUUUUAACAAAUCAUACUGCUUGCAAAUCUUUGAGAAAACAAACUUAAUUAAGGAACAUUUAGAAGUUUUGUCAAGCCUUUCAACAAACAUGUAACUGUUUCCGCAAAUCGUUGCACACAGCUAUUUUUUGCUGAUUGCAGCCAUCUUGUGAAGCUCUACAAAUAGUCUGGCAGGCCGCAUAAAUGCGCCUUCACUGCAUUUGUGCAGUUGCACAAAUCCUCAGUCAGACCAAUAUUUCAUAUUACAAGCAUAAUGAGGUCAUUGUCUGGUUAAGGUGCGCUUCUAAAAUAAACUGUUGAAACUAGGUGGCAACAAUGCAGGAAAUGCAGAAACAGUUGGCUGAGAUUACAGAUCAAUGAGGUCGUUGAGCGACGUUUUCAAGAUUUUGAAAACAAUAACAAAUGAUUACUGUCAAACAGGGAUGCAGGAAAUACUCCAGCACAUCAGGCACAUGCGCGUAGAAUGAGAAAAAGUCAUGAGCUCAAGAGGAAAUUUUUCCAUAGAAACUUCCUAUCCUCAUCGCACGUUUCCAGUAAUUGCGCAUUGAGGAAAUCAAAAGACCAAAGUAGCAACUGAUUUUUGCUCUUGAGAACUUUCUACAUCAACUCUGUCUUCACAAAACUGAGCGAUCACACUUUAGACUAAAAGUUAGAGAUACCCCCAAAAUUGUGACACCAAAUACAUAAUUAUACAGAAUUAGAGAAACCGAUUCUUGGAGAAAAAAUUGCCACAGAUUAGCAGAUUGGCACAGUUCUACUCAACUAGGGUGUAGAGGGCCAACAAAUAUGAAGAUCCAGGGGUUGGACUAAGAAUGAUUACGCAUUUUUAUGAUUUUAGCUUUUAAUUGGAGUUUUGUAUUUUUGUAUAAAGUUAUAUUUUUUGGAUAAAAAAAGCGAUGAAAAUACAUUUAGAUUCUAUGAAUCGUUUCUAUGAAA